AUGGCUUCAACUGUUAAAUUAACUGGUUCAGCAGAUAGUACUGAGCAAAAUGUGAAAGUAACGAAAGUCUAUGAAAUGUUUGAUGAACAAUGUCAGUGUCCUAUAUGUUUAAGACUUUUCAUUGAACCAGUAACAACAUUAUGCGGUCAUACUUACUGCUUGCCUUGCUUAAAACAAUUUUUACAAUCAAACGAAACACAAAUGUACUGUCCCAUGUGCCGUGAGAACUUGUCUUAUCUUCAAAAUUGUACCAUACAGAUCAACUCAAUAUUAAAAAAUUUCUUAGAAACCCGCUAUGAAAAUGAAUAUAUAGAAAGAAAAUUAGAAAUUGAACAAGGUCGCCAAGAAAGCGAACGUAAAAUAAGUGUUAUGAAGAAACUCUUAAUUGGAAAUCAUCACAUAUCAGCCAUUAAUAGUGAGCAGAUCAACUUUCAUCGAUGGACUUUGUUUAUUCGAUUUGCGGACGAUGAGAAUGAGGUGAAUAUUGGGAAUUUUAUUAAACAAAUUACAAUUAAUACAGCUCCGCAAAGCUCUUCAAGUGAUACACAAACAUGUGUACUAAAUUCAGCGCCUUAUCGUUUUACAGCAAUAGCUUUGGAACCAUUUUCCAUUAACUUAGAUAUUGAAUUUCAUACGAAAUACAAUAAAACUAAUCUACAAACAGAUUGGAAUUUAUGUUUCACUGGUAUUGGUAAUCAAAAAGUAAUCGAUUUAGAAUUUAAAGUUUAA